AUUCACCUGUACAUACAACUUUGUGUGGGUGGUGUGGCAUGGUAAGCCUUUUCACUGUCAUUUAGUCGUGAUAAACUUUUCAAACAAGCCGUAGUGUUAUGCAUUAAAAUAGUUGAAUAUAAAACAGCAUAUAAAAUAUGUAAAAAUAAAAUAAAGUAUACCUACAUAUGUAUAUACAUACAUUUAUAAAAUUCAAGCAGUAAAAUAACUGUUUUAUGUGCGCGCAAAAAAAGUUGCAAGUUUUGCUCGCUGUUUAGUAAUCGAUUUUGCUCAGUUGUGAGUUGAAAGUGUUGUGUCUACUUCUGCUUAACUCUCUCUCUAGUCGUUGGUAAUCCUUAUAAUCCUUGCAAGCUUUUGCAGCAUGCUUAUGCGUAAUCUGAUAUUCCGCUCCAAUUAUUUACCAACGCGUUCGCCACAUUUUCUAUUAUGACGACAUUUAACAUUACGUCAAUAUCAAAAAUUUCGUAGACGCUUUUUUAAGGCAAGUACCGGAAGCUCGACAAUACCAACCAACACAGCAGAGGAUAACGUGCAACAUUACCGCUAUAGUAAACUGGAUAAUAAUCGACAUCAGCCUUGUCAUAGGGAUGAACGACUGCAUUCUACAAGAAUCAAUAAAGAAGACCAACGAAGACCGAAUCAUAUAACCAUUGACAUUGAUGGCGAUGACGAGGAGUUAAGGCGGGCGUACAGCGGUGGUUACAAACGAAACGCAUAUAUAGAUCAUAGAAAAUACCGUUACACAGCGCUUGGAGCGCCCACGAAGAGGAAGCGUAAAAUUGUUGUUGUUGUUGCAGUAAGCACCACGGCAACUGUUGUCACUUUGUUACUCUGGUAUUACUGCUUUGGUUGGAUAAGUAGUUUGCCGGCAAUGUUCGCCGUACUUUUUGCUAUUCUGCUGGUGACUGUGGGUUGGCGUUGGUUCUACAUUGCCGCUCUGACGUGCAAGCGGGACAUGACUGCUUUGUGGGCUUAUAUAAAGCUACUCGUACUUAUGAAACGUUAUGAGCGCAAGAACUUAUCUAUCGGCGAUGUAUUCCAAAAGCAUGUAAACAAAUAUCCUGAGAAGAUGGCCAUUAUAAGUGAAACGCAGCGUUGGACAUUUCGUCAACUCAAUGAGUUCUCUAAUCGCAUCGCUUACAUUUUCCAUACUCAUGGCUACACAAAGGGAGACGUAAUUGGUCUAAUGUUAGAGAAUCGUGCAGAGUUUGUUGCCAUUUGGUUAGGCCUCUCGAAACUCGGCAUUAUUACAUCUCUAAUCAAUACAAACUUGAAGGGGUCAUCACUACUUCACAGCAUUAAUGUGGCUAAGUGUUCAGCUUUUAUAUAUGGCGAAGCUUUCGAGGAGACAAUCGGCGAUAUUACUUCUGACAUUCAUGCCAAGUUAUACCAAUUUAAUAACUGUGGAAAUAAGCAAAUGCGUAACCUAGUGGAGGACUUGACAGCUCUUUUAGAUUCUUGCAGCGGUUAUGAAGUGUUGCCUACCGAAGCUCAACAGCCAAAUCAUCACGAUAAAUUGGUGUAUAUUUACACCUCUGGCACGACGGGAUUACCUAAGGCGGCAGUCAUCUCGCAUUCACGGUAUAUUUUCAUAGCCGCAGGUAUUCACUACACCCUAAAUUUUAAAAAGAAGGACGUCUACUACACUCCGCUGCCACUCUAUCAUACAGCUGGCGGUGUUAUGAGCAUAGGGCAAGCGUUACUAUUUGGCUCAACAGUUGCUAUACGGAAAAAGUUCUCAGCCUCGGCCUACUUUGCUGACUGUGUACGCUUUAACUGCACGAUUGGCCAAUAUAUCGGCGAAAUGGCGCGCUAUAUAUUAGCCACACCACCUUCCGGGUACGAUCGCAAGCACAAAAUUCGUAUGGUUUUCGGCAAUGGACUGCGCCCACAAAUCUGGACGCCUUUCGUCAAGCGCUUUAAUAUAAAAAAAGUGGGCGAGUUUUACGGCGCCACCGAGGGCAAUGCCAAUAUUAUGAAUAAUGACAAUACAAUUGGUGCCAUUGGCUUUAUUUCACGUAUAUUUCCACAAAUCUAUCCGAUAGCUAUAAUAAAAGCAGAUUCUGAUACUGGUGAGCCCAUACGCGGCGCCGAUGGCCUGUGUCAGCGUUGUGAGCCGGGCGAGUCGGGUGUUUUCAUAGGUAAAAUUAUUAAGGGUAAUCCCUCGCGCGAAUUUCUUGGUUAUGCUGAUGAGACGGCUUCGUCGAAGAAAAUUGCGCAUAAUGUUUUCAAAAAAGGUGAUAUGGCAUUUCUCUCCGGCGAUCUGUUGACCGCAGACGAACGCGGUUAUCUCUAUUUUAUGGAUCGCACUGGCGAUACCUUUCGUUGGAAGGGCGAAAAUGUGUCCACAAGUGAAGUGGAGGCACAGGUUAGUAAUGUUGCUAGUUACAAGGACACCAUCGUCUAUGGUGUAACGAUACCAAAUGCAGAGGGACGUGCUGGAAUGGCUGCGAUUUAUGAUCCACAACGGCAGGUAAACCUGGAACGUUUCGCAGAGGAUAUAUCGAAGGUGUUGCCCUCGUACGCUAGGCCGCAGUUUAUAAGAUUUCUAACUAAUGUUGAUAUAACCGGCACAUACAAACUGCGUAAAGUUGAUCUGCAAAAGGAGGGCUACAACCCAAAUAUUAUUCAGGAUGCCAUUUAUUAUUAUCAGACAACAUCUGGACGCUAUGGAUUGUUGACUAAUGAUAUAUUUGAAAAGAUUAACAGAGGUGAAGUUCGCUUUUAGAGAAGAUGUACUGUACAUAUUGAUUGUAGAAUAUAUUAUAGUAGAAAAUUAGUGCGCAAUUAAAUUUUUUACCAAAACAUUCUCGAUUUUGCAUUUUGGUUUUAAGUGUGCGUACGCACAGGAAACGGAGCCGAGCCGGGCGAAACCGUU